AUGUCUUAAAACAGAACUCGCUAGAGCUCUAAACAUCAAAGAAAAAGUGAGAAUCGUUUUUAACAAUAAAUUAAUAGUCUUUUACAAAAUGUAAGUAAUCCACCUUCAAUUAUAUCCAAACUAUGGAUUAAAGAUAAAGAGGGAUAAUAAAAAAGUUUAUUAGAGGAAGCUAAACAAAUUGAAUUUAGUGGUAAAAAUUAAACUCUGACAUAAUUAAUUGAUAUUGGAAAGAAAUUAGCAAAAAUGAAAUAGAAACUUAAAAUUUUCACUGCUGAUGAUCGUCUAAAAACACCAGUAUCAGAGAAUAAAAGUAGAAAAUCAACAAAAUCAAAGAAAAGUUAAAGUAAAAAAGGAUAAAGUUCACAUAGUUAAUCAAGAACAUAAUUAAAAAGCCUUGAAUAAAGCAGAAGUAAAUCUUCAAAAAAAAAAAAAAAUAAAUCAAAAUCUUCAAAGACUUAAAAUACACCUUAAUUCUAAAAGAAAACAUUUGAAAAUAAACUUGGUAGUUUCUCUAAAGAAAUGCAACUAUAAAGAGAUAGUUCAAGACCAAAUGUAAGAAUAUUAGAAUCAAGAAUUGCAAAAAAUACUGUAGAUAGAAGUUAAAGGUAAUUAAUAAAAUUAUUUAAGCCCUUCUCGUUCUAUUGGCUCUUCUAAAAAAUAAUUUAGAAAUCAAAGAACUUAAUCUCCUUGUGAAGAAUCAAGUUCUCUAACGGAUUCUAGUGAUACUAAAGAGAUUAUAAGAUUAAAAAUGAAUCCAUAAUCUAAGUAUGAAGUGUUUAUGGAUCAUGAAAAAAAAAUUAAAGAACUUGAUGCAGGAUCAUUAAGUAGAGAAGAAAAUCUUAUGUUAACAACCAAAUUAGAAAAUAUUACUAAAGAAAAAUUAUUAAGAGAAUAUCGGAUUUUAUAUUAUAGAAGUAAAGAAGUAAAAAAGUUACUCGCAGAAUAUUAUGAAUAAAAUUUACGUCUUACUUAAGAAAUCAAUGAAUAAAAAUAAAUUAUUAAUGAUAAAUAAUUUGAAAAUAAAUAGAUCAGAAAAGAGUUAAAAUCUUAAAAUAAAGAAAUGAAAAUUAUGCAAUCAGAAUAUAGCACUAAAUUAGAUUAAUUAGGAAAAUCUUAUCAAUAGCAAGAGUUGAAUACUGUUCCUCUAAAUGAUUAUGAGAGAUUAAAAUAAGAAAAUGACAAGAUUCUUGUUGAAAAUGAAAUGUUAAAAGAAGAUUACAAAAUAAUCAGUCUUAAGAUGCAACAAAUUGAAAAUGAAAUCUAUUCUAAGAGAUAGUAUGAAAUUCCAGAGCAAGAGAUUAGCUAAAGAUUAUAAAGAGAAUUAGAAUGUGUUAAAGAUUAAGCUGAUAGAAUAAAAGAGGAAAAUAUGAAAUUGAAAUUAAAAUUAGAUUAAGAAUAAAUUUCUAACCGAGAAUUAUCACAAUAAAUUUAUUUAAAAAAAAAUGAGUUUGAUGGAAAUGUUGAAUAAAAAUAAUAUGAAUUAUCUUCAUUAAAAUCACAUUUGCAGACAGCAAAUACAAAAAUUUUAAAACUAGAAUAAUAGUUAACUUAAGUUAAGUAUUAACUGAUAUCAGAAUAGGAAUAAUCUUUCUCAAUUAAGGAGAAAAUUAUUCGGUAAGAAGAGGAAUUAAGAAUAUCUAAUCUGAAAGUUGAAAAUAGGGAAAAAGAAAUAAAUGAAUAAAGAUCAAAAGAACUAGUUUUAAAGAAAAAAAUAUUAGAUUUAGAAUCUAAAAUCGAAAAUCAAGCAUAAUAGACUCAAUCCUAUUUUGAACCUGUUAUUACAAUAAAUAAACCAAACAGUUCUGAUUCAUGUAUUUUAAAUUAUAAUUAAAAAAUAGUUAUUAAUAAAGAAUUAUAAGUUGAACGCUAAUUAUUAGCCAAAACUUAAGAGUAGUUAUCAAAUAUUUAAGGAGAAAACGAUCAAUUAAAAAGAAAUCUAAAAUAAAUUGAACUGGAAAUAUAAUUUGAAAGACAAUAGAAUGAAUAACUUAAAUUAAAAUGCUAAUAAUUAUAGUAAGAAAAUGAAUUUACACUUCAAAGAGCGCAAAAAUAGUUUGAAGAAACAGAAAAUAACCGUUUCAAAGAACUCUCUUUAACUGAAUAAUAAUAUAAAAGUUAAGAAAAUUUAUUAUUUUCUGCAUAAUAAAGAAUUACUGAAUUAUAAAGUGAAAAUAGAAUAUUGAACAAUAAAGAAUAAGAAAAUAAAAAUUUAAUUAAUGAAUAAAUAUUAUAAAUAGAAAAGUAACAAUUAAAACUUGAAUAAAAUUUAAAAAAGUUGGAUGAAAUUUAGAAUUAAUUGAAAGGAUUGGAAUCAGAAAAUGCCUAACUAAAUGAAAAUAAUAGGCAAUUGAAAAUACAAACAUAAUAAUUGAUGAAAGAAUUAGAUUAGGUUGAUAGGAUUAAAGAUAAUUAUAAAAAUAAAUAUCUAAAUAAUAGAUACGAAAACAAAAAAUUAUAAAAUUAAUAUCAUGAAGUAAUUAAAAUCUAAUAUUUAGAAAGAAAAUGAUAUGAAAUAGACUUUUACAAAUGAAUUGGAGAAAGUGAAAUUAUAAAAAGAUCAAUUAGAAAAAAUAAAGAAUCAAGAGGAAUGUGUAAGAUAAUAAAAGGAUAAAAAGCUAAAAGUAAUUAAUGAUCUCUAAUAAUUGAUCAAAGGACAUAAAAUGGGAUUAGAUAAAUGA